ACGCUGCAGCGUCGCCUUCCCUCGCUGGAGCUGGGCGGGGGCUGAGGCAGCGCCAGGCCGCGGCGCGCUGGGCGGGCGGGCCCCGAGUGACGCUGCCCGGCUGCUGCCCCCCCCGGAGGCCGGCGCCGAGAUGCUGGUGCCCGUGUUCACCCUGAAGCUGAACCACAGGAUCCUGCCCCGCAUGGUGGCGCUGGGCAAGUACGAUGGGACCCACCCGUGCCUGGCGGCCGCCACCCAAGCGGGCAAGGUUUUUAUUCAUAAUCCUCAUGCCCAUGGCCAGCAUGUAAAUGCAAAUCGUAUGAUGCAAAGCAGCCAGGAUUCAGAUAUUUCUCUUCUCAACAUUAACCAGGGGGUCAGCUGCCUAACAGCCGGAGUGCUGAAUCCCCAGCUUGGCUAUGAUUGUCUUCUAGUUGGAACACAGACUAACUUGUUGGCUUACGAUGUGUACAACAACUCGGAUUUGUUUUACAGAGAGGUUGCAGAUGGAGCUAAUGCAAUAGUGCUUGGAAUGCUAGGAGAUAUUUCAUCUCCUCUUGCUAUUAUUGGUGGAAACUGUGCUCUGCAGGGCUUUGAUCAUGAAGGAAAUGAUCUUUUUUGGACGGUUACUGGGGACAAUGUUCGUUCAUUAGCAUUGUGUGAUUUCGAUGGUGAUGGGAAAAAAGAGCUUCUUGUUGGGUCUGAGGAUUUUGACAUCAGGGUUUUUAAAGAAGAUGAGAUUGUGGCAGAAAUGUCAGAAACAGAGACUAUCACUGCACUUAGCCCCAUGUAUGGCAGUCGAUUUGGCUAUGCCCUAUCUAAUGGUACAGUAGGAGUUUACGACAAGACAGCCCGCUACUGGAGGAUUAAAUCUAAAAAUCAUGCAAUGAGCAUACAUGCAUUUGACCUUAACUCUGAUGGAGUAUGUGAAUUGAUCACUGGAUGGUCCAAUGGGAAGGUUGAUGCACGCAGUGACCGAACUGGGGAGGUCAUCUUUAAGGACAACUUUGCUUCCUCAAUUGCAGGAGUGGUAGAAGGGGAUUAUAGAAUGGAUGGUAACACCCAGUUAAUCUGCUGUUCUGUUGAUGGUGAAGUACGUGGCUACCUGCCAGGAAGCCAGGAGAUGAAAGGAAACUUGAUGGAUACCAGUGCGGAACAGGAUCUGAUUCGGGAGCUUAGUCAAAAGAAACAAAAUCUGCUGCUGGAAUUACGAAACUAUGAGGAAAACUCAAAGCAGGCUGAACUGAGCGCGCAGGUGAACGAAGCUGAUGGGCAGAGGGGAGUGAUUCCAGCUAACACCCAGCUGCAGACAGCCCUGGCCGUGAACCUGGGCUCUGACAGUCAGGCUGCCCACGUAGAGUUGUGUAUUUCCACAUCUAAUGACACAAUUAUCCGAGCCGUGCUGAUCUUUGCUGAAGGGAUAUUUGAAGGUGAGAGCCAUGUGGUUCAUCCCAGUCUCCAGAGCCUCUCGGGUCGCAUUCAGGUUCCUCUUACUCCUCCCAAAGAUGUCCCAGUGGAUUUACACAUCAAAGCCUUUGUGGGUUACAGAAGCAGCACACAGUUCCAUGUCUUUGAACUGACAAGACAGCUACCCCGAUUUUCAAUGUAUGCUUUGAGCAGCCCCGACUCGGUCCCUGAACCUCUAAGCUUUGUUAACUUUACAAUCAGUGAGAGGGUACAAAGGGUUGUCAUGUGGUUGAACCAGAGCUUUCUGUUACCAGAGGAUGCAGAGCUCCAAAGCGCCCCUUUUCAAGUCUGUUUCACUUCCCUGCGUGAUGCAGGACAGCUGUGCAUAAAAAUCAAACCCAAUGGGGAGAUUUCUAUCAGCACGGAUGAUAUAGAUCUAGCCGGUGACAUUAUCCAGUCCAUGGCCUCCUUCUUGGCAAUUGAAGACUUGCAGGUGGAAGCAGAUUUCCCUGCGUACUUUGAGGAGUUGCGGAAAGUGCUAGUUAAGGUGGAUGAAUUUCAUACAGUCCAUCAGAAACUCACUGCCGACAUGGCGGACCACUCCAACCUUAUCCGCAGUAUGUUGGUUCGAGCAGAAGAUUCACGCCUCAUGGGAGACAUGAGAAAUAUGAAGAAACGGUACAUGGAACUCUAUGAUCUUAACAGAGAUUUACUGAAUGAGUAUAAAAUUCGCUGCACCAACCACACCGAGCUGUUAAACAAUCUCAAAUCCGUAAAUCAAGCUAUCCAGCGAGCAGGGCAGCUGCGUGUUGGGAAACCGAAGACGCAGGUGAUCACUGCGUGCCGGGAUGCCAUUAGAAACAACAACCUAAAUAUGCUCUUCAGGAUAAUGCGAGUGGGGACUGCAUCCUCGUAAAAGGGGAAUAGUGACUGCCUGGCGAUGAUACUUCUUUACAACAGGAUGAGCCAAGCUAUGCAGCACCGAAAUAAAGCAACUCAGCUGGCAUGCAGAAGUAGGCAACAGGUCAAGAUAAGAAGAGCAGAGUUCAGUGGAACCUGCAGUGACCCCCAGGAAUUCAUAAUGCUAGAAUGACACACUGGUCACUACAUGCACGUGUGUGUGAACCUAUUAAACUGUACUGUGGCUUCGUAACUGCACGAGGGACUAGCGCUUCUCCACACCCCAACCUACAUUCCACCCCCUGUGUGAGAGAACUCUUGGGAAAAACCUGCCAGGCAUGUCCUUAGAGCACAAAUGUCGCACCCUCCACCCCCCCCGACUCUCUCCUACAGAAACCUGAUGAGAAAUUGCACCAGAACCAGUGCCCUCUUAACAGGAACAUCUAUGCACGAGUGAUUUUUCAGUGUCUCCAGUUAAGCUUCAGCUUGGGGGAAGCAAUUAGAACUGACAAUUGACAAAAGGCCAUUCAGUUUGUCCUGACUUCUCCAAGUCUGAGGCUGCUGUGUUAUCUUAUUCCUCAUUUCAACCAGGAAGAGAUGUAAAAUCAGACACCCACUAUGAUGUGUGUAUAAAUGAGGAUUGUUUUUUGUUUUUUGAAGUCUCCUUCAAUCUAGGCUAUAGCUACUUUGCUCUGUAACAAAGUGGUCCUUUUGUUGUCAGCUACUUGACAAAACUGCUUCCAUCUAAUACAAAUAAAAUUGCCGCAUUGCCAAUGCUUGAAUUA